AUGUCUUUGUCUGUCGCCGAAAGCAGUCUUGCCAUGCUCUCGACAAAGAGAGCUGGUGACAAUGAAGCUACAUUCUCCAAUGGAACAACCUCUUCUUCAGACAUGGUCAAGGUCAAGCGAGCACCUAAGUCCAUGAUCGGGGUCAACCGAGGCAUGGUGGCCCGUGCACGGGCCCUCUCCGCCUUGUUGUCAACCUCCCACCUGCAACUUUCAAAGUCCAAGACUCGACCUCAGCCUCGCGACGAUCGCGACCGUCAACGCGACCAGAAGCACUCAACGAAGAUGCCACUUGAUGACAUGAGGGAGAGACACCGUCUGUACCAUGGGACGACGAAGCCUGCCGAGGAGCUUGACCUGAGUGUGCUCAAUACAAGACGUCAAAUAUCCAGACAUCCGAGCGUCGCCAAGGCCCCAUCCCAAGACGAGAAUGACGACGUUGUGUUUUUAUAUGAUACAAAGGGUCUGGAGAAGGAGAAAAUCGGAUGUAAUUUUUGCGAGCUGGCCAAGUUCAGCACCCACUCCGACUAUCCAGUCACUGUCACCAACAACGUCGACAAGGCCACGUUCCCCGAAGGAUUUCACUUUAUUGAGCACUCAAUCCUGCGCGAAGGUGUUGCACGUGCAGACGCGGGGUUCAGGAUGGGCUGCGAGUGCGGGGAAGAUGGGGAUUGUGAGUAUCGAGGAUGUUAUUGCAUUCAGGAUAUGGAGGCAAAGAAGAACAAGUUGGGGCAACCAAAAAAAGCGAACGCAUAUCUGUCGAAAGGGCCAAAGGCCGGCUGCUUGCGGAAGGAUAUACUCGACAGCAGAUUGGUGCUUUAUGAGUGCCACGAUUCUUGCGCUUGCUCCAAGGAUUGCAUCAACCGCAUUGUCGAGCAAGGGAGGAAGGUGCCGCUGGAGAUUUUCCGGACAUCUGACGGACGUGGAUGGGGCGUACGAUCAAGCGUGACAAUACAAGAAGGCCAAUUCCUCGACACGUAUGUGGGCGAGAUCAUCACGAGCGCAGAAGCGCAGCGUCGCCGGGAGGAUAGCCGUGUCGCCCAGCGCAAGGACGUCUAUCUGUUUGCCCUCGACAAGUUCUCCGACCCCGAGUCAAUCGAUGAGCGUCUUUCAGGACCCUGCUUGGAGGUUGACGGCGAAUUCAUGGCGGGGCCAACCCGUUUCAUCAACCACUCCUGUGACCCCAAUCUGCGAAUCUUCGCGCGCGUGGGUGAUCAUGCAGAUAAACAUAUUCAUGAUCUGGCAUUCUUUGCGAUCCGCGAUAUUCCGGCUGGAGAAGAGCUGACUUUUGACUACGUGGAUGGUCUGGAGGGUGAUUUGGCCGAGGAUGGAAAGGUUCAGAAGCACCAUAAGGAUAUGACUGAGUGCUUGUGCGGUGCGCCGGAGUGCAGGAAGUUUUUGUGGUGAUUGGGCGGGCUGUUGGGCAGGAUUUACCUUGGGGGGCGGCGUGUUUGAGCAUUUACGGCGUCAUGAUACCCGGUGUUUGUUGUGUUGGAGUACGGAUCUUGACAUGUUUGGCAUGAUUCUCGGAAUGUAUGGAGCUCGUUUUACAUAAUAGUGUCUACUAUGAUAUACAUAGAUCCAGCGACGUGUAAAUACACAGUUACUCCUGAAUGGAAUUCAAGAG